AGGUGCCGCUUCGUCACCGACGAGGUCCGUCUACCUCGGUGGUGUUUGAAUCGAUGGCCACAUGAACGCAGCCAAGUCCGGCGGCCGCAUGCUCGCGCGGCGCGGCGGCGCCCCGUUCCCCUGCCGCGGUGCCGCGUCCGCCGUGCCCGCGGCCGCCGCAACGACGCCCCAGCAGGUCUCCCACUACCUCGCGAGCAGCCCGAGGGUGACCUGGGAGGCGCUCUCCGCCUCGUUCCCCGCCGCCGCGGCGCCCGAGGGGCACGUCGACGCCGUGCUCCUCUCCCUCGCCAGGAACCCCAGCCCCUCCUCCGCCGAGACCAUCGCCAAGAACGCGCACAGCUUCUUCCACUGGUCCGCCGCCGCCUCGUCGCCGUCCCCCCACUCGCUCCGCUCCUACUGCCUCCUCGUCCACCUCCUCGCCCGCGCGGCCCUCAUCAGCCACGCCUCCGUCCUCCUCCAGUCCGCCAUCACCAGGCACUCCUCCUCGCCCGCUUCGCACUUCCUGGACGCCUUCUUCGCGGCCUACGAGGACAGCGGCACCGCCGCGACCACCCGCGGCCUCCACCUCCUGGUGCACGCCUACGCGCAGCUCCGCCUCCCGGAGGAGGCCCUCGAGGCCUGCCGGUACCUGGCGCUCCGCCGCGUGCUCCCCUCCCUCUCCGCCUUCAACGCCGUGCUGCACGCGGCGCAGCGCACCGGCCGGUUCCGGGUCGCCUGGGAGGUGUUCGAGCUAAUGACGCUCAAGCGGGUGUACGCCAGCCAGGCCACCAUCGAGCUUGUCGUCGGCGUGCUGAGCCGGGAGGGCGCACUUGCCAGGAUGGCGGCCCUCGUGGAGAGGAUCCACGGCAAGAAGUGCGCGCCGGGCGUCGUGGCGCACGUCGCGCUAGCGCUGUGGAUCUUCGAGGAGGGGAGGACAGAGGAAGGGAUCUUGCUCCUCAGGAGGAUGCUGCAGAGGAACAUGGUGUUCGAUGGCGUUGCUUACUCGCUGAUGGUGCAUGCCCACUGUCGUACUGGUGAUCUGGAGUCGGCACAAGAGCAGUGGGACGACAUGGUCCGACGAGGCUGUCGCCUGAACCCAUUUGUGUAUACUUGCCUCAUCGGAGUACAUUGCCGUGAAGGCAAUGUCAGUGAGGCCAUGCGGUUGCUGCAAGAAAUGCUGUCCAGGGGGUUGAAGCCGUAUGAUGCUACAUACAGUCACCUAGUCACCGGGUGUUUUAGACAUGAGAGGACAGAUGAGGGGUCGGAGUACUUUGACAAGAUGCUCCAUGAAGGCCUUGUGCCGGACAUUGGGACUUGCAAUGAGAUCUUAGAGGCGAUGUGUGGUGCUGGACAGGUCGGCAAGGCGAACGAGUUGGUGACGGCAAUGAUCGACAAAGGAACUAUUCCUGGUCAGGAUACAUACCGUAAGCUCAUUGAUGGGUACGGCAAGGUUGGUGAUGCGGAAGGUGUUGUCAAGAUUUAUUAUGAGAUGGAGCACAGGGGACUUAACCAUGGCAUUGAAGUUUUUACCUCCCUGAUCAGUGGCCUGUGCCGGUGUGGGAAUCCAAAGGAAGCUGAGAAAUUUGUGUCCGUGAUGGAAAGGAAAUCGCUGGCUCCGACUAGUGACAUAGGCGAUAUGCUGAUCAGCAGUUACUGUGAGAAGGGCAACACUAAGAGCGCACUUCGGUUAUAUGACAGGAUGACUGCACAGAGCGAGAAGCUAAUCCCCUCUGCGGAUACGUUUAUGAUGUUGGUGAGAAGAGUCAUCAAAGUAAAGACAUAGUUCCCGUAAUACCUGAUCUUGCAGUUAGAUGUUUUGUGUUUGAUGGGUGAAAAGCUAAAGGGGGCUGAAGGAUAGGCGAAGGUAAAGAAGGAGAAGGUGGCUAUUGGAUGUAAUAAAGUCUUAUAUUAUGGGACGGAUGGAGUAUACUCUACAUAUUGCACUUAUUGUACCUUUGCAAAGGCAAUUGUAAAAGUAGGCUAGCCAACAGCGAACCACCACAAGGCUGCUGAAAAUAAAAGGACAUGUGAGGAGAAAUUAAGACCUCCCUAACUCCCGAGAACAUGAAACCUGCCCUGCGAGUGAGGGGAGGAAUUACAAGAGAAUCCAUUUUUCUUUUCUCGCCUUGUAAGGCGAACAAUCUGAGAUUCUAGUUGGAUACAUGUUAUUUUCUGCUUGUGUGCAAGUGGAUGAGGCCAACCUACGAUGCAGAUCAAAACCAAAUGCCGCAUCCCUUGGAGUCCAGACAAGAUUAUUGCAAACAUAACUACUCUAUGAGUGUAUAUGCUGCUCCUAGGACCUUUUCAAUGCAAAAUGGAUCACUGGAUUUCUGCUUGCCUGUUACUGCAUGGAUUUGUUCUUCUGUGAAGCACUAAUGAACUGAGCAGGAACCAGUAAAUGGUUCUGGUAUAUGACCCAACAUCACACCUCAGCGGCACACAGUUUUUAUCGUGUUGGUUUUCUACUGCAGCAACCAAUGGAUCUGCUAUGCAGAAGACACAGAAAAUUAGGCUGAUCGUGCUCCGGUGGCCUCGGUGCUAAGCGAGGGGGAUCCAGCCGGGCAGGGGAGCGCCUUGCGGGAACUUGCGCGCAGGAGGGGAGGGCAGGCCGUGGCAUGCUCUGCAAGGACACGUGGGGCCUGAUGGCUUCAGGUAUGACUUGUCUAUACUCAAAGUGGCCACUAUGACCAAAACCUAUAUGAAUAAAAGUCUUCAUUAACUCGCCUCCUUUUCAUGUUACCUUUUUAUUUGGAGCCAAGAUGAACUUUCAUCCUAGCUCAAAAAGAAAAUGAAAAAUCUUUCACCAGCUGUCCAUACGCUGACGGUGUUUGGCUAGACACCUGGUUGGCAUGGGGGUCCUCCAGCAACGUCUUCCUCUCUUUGAUCCAGAUUUAGUAGAGGCUUCAACCCGGUCAUGACAAACCAUCUUCCUCACAGCUAGCUAGGGCCCAUGGGCUAGUGAAUGUUCAUUGUAAGAUAGUCAUGAGCCGAGCUAAAGCUCAACCUGGUGUACGUGACCGCUGACUACACCAAUGGGUAUCGCUCCCCCCUCGGUUUGGCUCCACCCCUUGACCCCUUCAGGCUCCGGGUGAAAUUUUUGAUCUGCAGCAGCGUUGAGGAUAUGUUUUUGUAAUUAGGAUUUUAUCAACACCUUGUAUCGAUCUUGACUGAUUUGGCAUUUAAAGUUGUGCUGCAAAGCCAUUCAUCUA